AGGACCAGCCAAACCUUUGUAAAAUCUUCCAACACAUCUGCAUCCUUCCUUCUUGUCUCCUUCUUUCCUCCCAUCCUCGGGUGUCAUACCACCAUGGAUCGCUCAGUACAGGAGCUGUUUCUCAACUUCACCAUUGUCUUAAUCACUGUGCUGCUGAUGUGGCUGCUGGUGAAAACUUACCAAGAUUAAACCAUGGAGCAACAACAGACGAGAUGACCGAGGUGCCAGAUGAGUCUGAGUGAUAUGAGGAAAACAUCGUUUUAUCGUAGGACUUUGCUGCUAAGUGAUUCAUGUUCAGACAGUGUUUACAUCUUUUAAUUAUUUUAAUCUGAUCAGGUCCAGAGCUGCAGUUCUCAUUAGACUCCUAUAACCAUGUGCUUAUUACAGAUAGGGCCGAUUAUCAAUGACAAUUUCAAAGUCAACUGAUAAGUGUAUUUAUUCUGAAACAUUUUUGAAUGUGACCUUGAUUUUCUGAAGGUCAGAGGAGAAGUUACAGAAAACAUGGGAGAGUGAUUCAAAAUAAAAGAACAGGGGUUUGCUGCUCUAUUUUUAAAGAGAUGGCUGUAAUCCCUCUAACAGUGGUGUACAUGCAUGUCACUGUGCCAUUAAUGUGCCCUUUGAAACAUAAAACCAUGCAGUCUUGUUUUUACGAGUGAUGAUGAAUGCAUCACAUGUAGACACUGUAUCUACUAACACUUCAACUCAGUUAAUAAAGCAUUAUGUUUAUAUUCGCUCCUUGCUAAUAAAACAUUAUUUGAUUUGUUUGAU